GUUCCGUGGUGUUCGGUUGGAUUGUUCCCGGUUUCGCGUGGUGUGUUGGUCGGUUGGCAAGCAAGCUUCACACGGAAGAAAAAUAGAAUGACAGCGACGUGAGGAUUCUGAUACACGGGAACGGUCUUCCUGCUCAGUCUCUCCCCGAGCGAGUUUCGAGCCGCGCGUUUCUUCAGGUCGAAGCCAUCGAAAGGAUGUGGCGUCUCGACGCAGCUACGCUUUUGCUCUGCUUUCUGGUACCGGUAUUUGGUCAAGACGGCAGCCUCUACUUCUCCGUGAGUCCCGGCGAGCACUCGGUCGCCGAGGGAUCCCCGGUGCGUUUGAGAUGCGAGGCACAGCCCAGUUCGCUGGUCAAGUACUCGUGGAAAAUCGACGGACAGCCGCUGGCGCCGAGUCCACGGAGACACCAGGAUGGCGGCGACCUUCGUAUCACCAGGGUGAACCGAAUCCUCGACAGUGGAAACUUCGUCUGCGUCGCCACCCACGAGGAAACUGAAUAUUCCAUCGAGAGUUCACCAGCCAAGAUCGACAUUCAAUGGAUCAGCGAGGCGAGCGUGCAGCUACAGCAGCCGAAGUUACCCUCCGCGAUCCGUGUGGGAGGCGAGAUCGAACUUCGAUGUCACGUGGACGGUUCCGGAGACAUGAAGUACGAGUGGUACAGAAACCGCGAACCGGUGGUAAGGAGCGAUCGGAUCGAGAUCAAGAAGAAGAAGCUGCACGUUCACCGAGCCGUACCCGAGGACAGCGGAAUGUACAGCUGCCUGGCGAAGAACGAGGCUGGAUCGUCUCCGAAAAUGGAAAGCUUCCCCCUGGUCGUCUCGGGUAACGAUACCGCCACGAUAAAGGUCGUUCCCAGGGACCUGAUCGCGAAGCGCGGCGAACCGGCGAUGCUUCACUGCGCCUUCGACGACGCCGAUUCCGUUCAGUGGUUCUUCAAGGAUAUCGGGCCGUUGGAAACCGACGACGAGAGGACGGUGUUGGAGAACGGUACUCUGGUGAUACGGUCCGCCGAGCACAGGGACCAAGGAUUUUAUUCGUGCCACGGCGAUCGAGGGGAUAGCAGCAUCACCUACACGGUCGACCUUCAGAUAGCCUAUUUGAUGAACCUUUCGGCGGCUUCGUUCGAGCCUCUACUGCCGAACCAAGUGGCCGUGGUGGGCGAGGAUCAGGAGCUGCAAGUCAGCUGCUUGGAACCAUCCGGUCUGCCGUCCCCGAAGGUCUACUGGAAAGAUCCCAAGGGACACAUCAUAAGCGAUUCCGGGCCUGUGCGCGUUCAGGAUAACACGCUUAUCGUUGCGAAGGCUCGAAUAGGCGAGGACGAUGGCAAUUACAGCUGCGUGGCUGAGAAUAUGGCCGGGGAGACGGAUAUAUUCGCCCAAGUGGUGAUUUCCACUCCACCGACGCUGAUAAGCUCGCCGGAGAGCCUGAGCGUAAUGGAGGGAGAUUCCGUGACGCUGACGUGCUCCUACUUCGGCAUGGAACCGCCGGUGACCCACGUACGUUGGCUGAAAGACGGCGAGCCUGUGAAGGAGAGCGGCGGCCCGACGAGACAUCGAGUAACGGAUCACCACGGCAACGUGACCCUGCACUUAAAGAGCGCCGACCUGUCCGACAAGGGCAGCUACAUGUGCGAGAUAUUCACGAAAGGUUUCCCGUCGAUAUUUUCGGAGCGAGCCAGUUUGACGGUCGAGGAGAAGCUCAAGUUCUCCCCGCAACCGGUGGACAAGCGGCUGGAGCUUGGCUCGACGGCCAAAGUGCCGUGCAAGUCUCAGGGCGCCACUAAUCCGACGGUGAAGUGGAUCAAAGAGGGGGCAGGCGAGGAAUUUCCAAAGCACGUGCAAGAUAUCAAUGGAACUCUUCACUUCAAUGGAGUUCUCGAGGAGGACAAGGGUCGUUACACGUGUAUAGCCAGCAACGCGCAGGGAUCGAUCAAUCACACGAUCAGCAUCGACGUAGUCAUCGCGCCAAAGUUCACCAUCCAGCCGCAGAAUCCGACGGAGGCGAUCGAGGGGUAUCCGGUGAUGCUGCACUGUGCGGCCGAAGGCGAUCCCAAGCCGACCAUCCAGUGGGACAGGGACUCUCGAAUGAACAAUCUGAACAAUUCCCGCUUCGAGGUGCUCGGAAACGGAAGUUUGUACAUAAAGGAAGUGUACAUGAGCGACGAAGGGAAGUACGGAUGCACGGCGGGCAACAGCGGAGGUUUGAAGCGGGAAGAGGUUCAGUUGAACGUGAAAGCCGGCGACACGUACAGAUUCGACGUGGAUUUGGAAGUGGGGGACGACGGAUCGAUGAUGACGAAGACGGUUACGAUCACUCUGAGCGCGGCCGCGGCGUAUAUGGUGUUGGUCGUGGGUCUCAUGCUCUACUGUCGUUACCGUCGACGUCGUAGGAAGCAGCAGUAUCUCCAAGAACAGGCAGAAGAAAAACUGGAGAACGGAGAGGUGCAAGAGGAACAGACCGAGCUAAAAGAGACCAGCAACAGCAAGAUGAACUCGACCGGUAGGAAAAAGGAGAACCGCGAUUCCCACAAUAAGAGCGACGGCGCGGAUACCGCUCAGAGUCAGAGCAGCAACCAGUCGAAGAAGUCCAAGUCGAAUUACGACAAGAUCGCCGCGUCGCGUAGCAAUUUGAAGGAACUGAAACCACUGGGUCGAGGUGAAUUCGGCGAGGUCUACUCGACCAAGUAUCAAGUCGACGGUGAUAAAGAGACGCUGGUCAUGGUGAAGAGUCUGAUCAAUACGAAGGACGAGACUGCUCUCCAGGAGUUUAAGCGUCAUCUGGAUCUUCUGCACAAGCUGAACCACGAGAACGUGGUGAAACUGAUCGGUCUGUGCCGCGAGGAGGAACCGGACUACAUGAUUCUCGAGUAUACCGACUGGGGAGACCUGAAGCAAUUCCUGAUCGCCUCGCGAAAGGACAAUAACUCGAGCCCGACCCACGAGUCGAAGCCUCCGCGAGCACCACAGCUAUCGGUCGCGCAGAUUCUCUCCCUGUCGAAUCAAGCGGCGAAAGGCUUGAAGCAUCUCGCGGACAGCCGUCUGGUUCACAAAGAUAUCGCCGCCCGAAACUGUCUAAUCGCUAGCAACCUCACGAUCAAAAUCUCGUUGCCGUGCAUGACCAAAGAACCGUAUCAACAGGAGUACACGAAACAUCGAAACCAAGUGAUCCCUCUGAGAUGGUUGCCAUACGAGGCGGUCUACGAGGACGAAUACUCGACCAAGAGCGACGUUUACUCGUUCUCGUGUCUCGUCUGGGAGAUGUUCCACCAGGGUGAGCUGCCGUUCAUCAAGAUGAACGACGAGUCCGUGUUGGCCGCGCUGAAAGCUCAAACUCUCGCGUGGAAGCCUCACAAAGCCGCGCCGCCUGCCUUGCAGGAGCUUCAAGCUCAAUGUUGGGCCAACGACCCGCGCGAGAGACCGACCUUCGACGAGGUCGUCUCGAAAAUAGGUGAAAUUGUCGUCGACAGUUGUCUUUAGAUUGAUCGACAAUGCCACGAGGCUCUAAAUCGGAGAUACCGCGAUAAGGGUAAUGGCCGCGCGGACUCGCCGUGAACUCGUCGCGUUCGGAUGAUCCCGAUUCUCGCCCGAUCCCGCGACGAUUACUCGUGUUACGGUAUUCUGUCGCGUCCAUUAGGUCGAUAAGAAUAUAAUUUAUUUCUGACAGAAGGAUCCGCUCCAAUGAUUGCUAAUGUCGGAUUAAGUAAGGAUACUUACGAUCCAGUACACGCUACAAUAUAUACGACUAACGCAAUAUUUAGUAUUCAAUAUCAGUGUAACGAUAGGUAUAUCGAUCACCGCACAUCGAAUAUUCGUAAGAUACGCUAUGUUGUCGUUACGGCAGAAAUCGCAAGCUACAGUGUGAAUGUUAAGAAAGUAUCACGACCAUAUCAACAUUGAACGAACGACGAUUUUUAUAUCCCGCCUAAUUCAAGUCUACACGUUGUAUCCCGUUAAGGUCUAAGGCUUAAGGAUUAUUUAUAGCGUACACUUGCGUCUGACGCGUACAUAUAUAAUUAUAUGUAAUACAAAUUUGAUAUAUACAUAUGUAUAUGUAUGUGUGCGUGCGUACACAGGAUGGAUCAAGCGAUGAGAAAGUCAGUUCCGUGUAUCGUUCGUAUAUCGACGAUUGGGCGAACGACGGCGAUCGGGUAUGGGCCGUUUCGUGUACGCGCGAGAUGAUAAGAAAUGAAAGGAGAAAAUAGCCAGAAGCGAUUACUGUCGACUAACUCGAAGAAGAUAAAGCAAACGGCCUUGUAUAUACCGUGGGUGUAAGCGUAAGUUCGUUCGUUAAGUACAAUCGCGAGAUUCGACUUUUCAUUUUUCAUGAUUACACACACUUUCGAGAGAUGCGACGCUACCGUUCUCAUUGUUUCUCGUCCCUUUCCAAAGGGGGAAAAAAUCCUUCCGUUUAUCGAGAGAAAAAAAAAAAAAUUCACAAACGAAGAUUUUACGGUCACGUCGAAAUUUUAUAACGCGAAACAUCUUUCCAUUUUUUUCCAUUUUUGUACUUGGGCGGCAGGCAGAAUAGAUCAAGAAAGGAGCAUCGUUUUCUUGGCUGAAUACGUCGAUUGUCGAUAUCACGAAAUUCAUACAACGAAACCAUUUCCUUUCAUUUCGGUUUCUUUGGUUCCGUUUCGCAGUGAAAUCUUCUUUUCGGCUUCGUCCCAUGGCGUUCAGUUUCCGGGAGUUGCGCCUGCGUUUCCGUAUCUUCGGCUUUCAUUCCGAGUUCGACGAUCGAACUACUCGAAUGGUACAAAGAACCACGAACCGCGAACAAGUUUUUAACCGUACAGGAGAUAAUAGAGGGAUUAUAGGUCACGGUUACAAUUCAGCAUGAAUACUCGAUACGAUCGUGUUAGGUACGUGCUAUUCCUGCAUCGGAUAUUCUACCACGAUGAUUAUCAUCGUAGCUCACGCGAACAAUCGCAAAUACAUAUACGUACAGAGCUGUCAACGUCGAAGUGCGAACAUCGAACCGGAGGUGCGAUCUCCUAAAGUCGUAACAAUACCUUCGGUUGUUGCUGGUUAUCGAGCUUUUUCGAGAUAAUCACGAUGCUGGCUGAAACACGAGAGAGGGUCGAUCAGUAUUCAAAAUAUUCCUCAGCUCUGCAUACGUAUACGCAAUAUAAAAUAUAUAAUGUAUCAUAUACGCAUCUAGAUGUACGAGACAGUAAGAUAAACACUGCCAAUGAGUAAUCUCUGUAACGUUAAACGUUCUCAUAAUCAUAGCGAAUACGACCAUUCCCUAAUUUAAUGCACCCUCGUCGCAACGAAGGUAUCGUGCGAGAAGGGCGACCUUGCUCCACGUGCCUAUGCAAAUCACGAUUUUGCAAGGGCGUUCCGAGCGUUGUCGUUAGAUCGUUCGCCUCGAUCGCUUCACAUUUCCAUCAACGCGCGUGCACAGUUCCCGUUGGAUAUCGCGCGAUAUUCCACAGACUGAAACUUUGAUUUCGAUCGUCAGAAGUUCGCGGGCGAUCGUCGAUCGAUACGGUGUAACAGCGUUCGCGGACGCGCUCGCAAAAGGUCCGGCCUGAAUUUUCAAAUGCUUCCUAAAUGUUCGCAGUAUACGCAGCCAAGAAAUAUUCUUGUAAUAUAAAAAGUACGUUAGGAACAUACCUUGCAGCAACUUGACUGGCGGUUCGUAAUCGUUGCAAGACUAAUUAGUCGAGUUAUAUCACGGAUCUAACUAUGCUCAUAUCAUUCGCUGAUCGUAUUUCCCGGGGCUGCGAUCGUCGACCCGUCGACUUGUCUCUCGUCGGAUCGAGAAGAUUCGCCCUGAAUGUUCUCCCUGCCGUUUAACGAUCCGCAGUUGUCGCCGUCAUUGACUGCGACAUAUUUCGCUCUCCCAAUUUAUAUCGAUAAAUCGUUCGGUUUCGCCGGGACUCUUGUCCGUUCCAUGCGUCGUCGUUCCGAACGAUUUCGCGGCAAGACGAGGGGUUGACGCGGCCGACACACCGACGCGAAACAAGCGCUGCGCCAGUGAUUUUUAAUGAAGCGACCUAUUACUUCUAAUAUCUAGUCAUACACGGUGAGAAAAGCGUAAGCGAGCAGCGAACUCAAGAUCCAUUUUUACACGACGUUUCAUAUCCCUAGGCAUUUUGUAAUCCAUUUCUUUUUUACAGUAUUUUGUAAAUAUUUGUACUUUUUUAUCUACUACAUCGUACUUAUGACUCUUUGAAAUAGUAUAUGCUACGAUUAAAUAAAGGUGGACAAAAAAAAAAAGAAGAAAAAAUGGAA